UGAAAUCAAAACCUUAACAGACGAAAAAGACAAAUUAAACAAAGAAAUCGACACCUUGAAAAGAACAAACGAAUCAUUAGACUCUCAACUUAAUACUACUUUGAAAUUAUUAGAAAUAAACUUUGAUGUUAAAAUUUCAAUCGAACAAAAAAUGAACGUGACUGUUGAAGGAGUAACAGCAUUUACAAAAAUAGCAAAACCGGA